AUGUUGAUCCCCUGCUCAUUCCUUACUCUCAUUGUAUUGGCCAUUGUGUCAGAGCUUGCUUCUUCUGCGAACGUUGGCGGCACCUUCGAACGGGGCCAUAAACUCCCCCUGCUGAAGCUUCCAUACGGGACAUGGCAGGCCCAUCAAUACAAUGCCGAAGCAGAUGUUUACGUAUUUCGCAACAUCCGCUACGCUGCUCCUCCACUUGGCGAACUACGCUGGUCCAAACCGGCACCCCCCGAAUUCAUUCCUGGCAUCCAAGACGGAUCGUACGGUCAUAAUUGCAUUCCUGCUCCAAUCCCAGACCAGUUUUUUAUGCCAGGCGUCAAAGACCUCACGAAGAAUUCAGCUGAGGACUGUCUCUUUCUCGACGUUUACGUGCCCGGAAAAGUGGUAAGAAAACGCCAGAGAUUGAUUCCAGUGGUUGUUUGGAUUCAUGGCGGAGGGUACGUUAGCGGCUCCAAGGACCAGGCAAUAGGGACGGGAUACUAUGAUGGCACAAGCCUUAUCCAGCAGGCAGAUAACAAUCUGAUUGUUGUAACUAUUAAUUACCGCCUGGGAGCUUUCGGCUUCCUUGUCGGAGAGCCUCUGCGCACCCAAGGAGUCUUCAACGCUGGUCUGCAUGAUCAGCGAGCUGCCCUUGCUUGGGUACAAGCAUACAUUCAUCUUCUUGGAGGCGAUCCUGGCAGUGUAUCUGCCUGGGGUCAGUCUGCUGGUGGUGGGUCUCUGAUGUAUCAUUUGAUUGCAGAAGGUGGGAAGCUUGAUCCCUUAUUCCGGAGGGCACUACUCCAGAGUCCUUCCUUUGCAGUCAACGCAAACCUCCAAGUGAAUUACGAGCUAUUCAGAGACUUUGCAGCGGCUGCACAAUGCCCAACUGAAGGGGAGGAUGCGCUCCGCUGCUUGCGCUUAGCAAAUAGCACUAUUCUAACCAGGGCAAAUGAGGAGGUGUAUUUCGGUGCGCCGGUGCCAGAUGGCGAAUAUAUCCGGAAUCCUGCUCUGUUCGAGUACGCCAGAGGCAAGUUAAAUGCCUUGAACCCUUUCAACAUAAACAAAAACAGUCAAGCUACAGACAAGCUAUGGAAAAGAAAACUAACCAUAGCCUCAGGAAACACCUGGAAACAUAUCGAGUCAGUAAUUGUUAGCCAUGUUAUAGACGAAGCAAGCCUCGGCCUCCCCAACCCUAUUCCGGAGGGCCAGGUAGAGGCUUUUAUUUCUAAUAACUUACCCCCGAACGCUACCGAGCAAACUAAGACAAUAGCCAACCUCUUUGAAUCACUCUACGCCAAUUCAACUCAGAAGGAAAUGCUGUCUGCGUUAUAUAACGACAUUCUCUACACUUGCAACUUACGGGCUGUUCUAAAGGCCUACCCGAGCCCCGCUUGGGCGUUUCAGUUCAGUUUCCUCGAUGGCGUGGUAAAUGGAAAGCAUGCAAGCGAUAUCCCCGCGACAUGGUAUAACACGAAGCUCCAGAGUGGUAUGAAACCACUAUUUGGGCAGUUCCAACGGUAUAUAACUAACCAUGCACGGACGGGAAAUCCAAAUACACCCCGCAGCAAGAAGCAUGAGCUGGAAUACUGGCCCGAGGUUACCGGGCUGGAAGAGGAUAUGCCAGGAAAUGUGUUCAAUAUGAGCAACUGGGGAUUUGACAUUAUACAAGAUAGCCAGAUGCCGAAAAGCGUCUGCGAUGCUUGGAACGCGGCGCUCGUGGAGGCUGUUGAGUUGAACCGCUGA